AGUCGGAGCGCGGCGCCGAGCGGAGCGGAGCGGAGCGCAGCGCAGGAGGGGACAGCCGCGACACCGCCGGGACACCGCCGGGCACCAGCGCCAGCAGCGCCGUUACCGACCGCAGCCGCACCGCAGCGAGCGCACGAUGAUAAACACCCAGGACAGUAGUAUUUUACCUUUGAGUAACUGUCCCCAGCUUCAGUGCUGCAGGCACAUCGUUCCAGGGCCUCUGUGGUGCUCCUGAUGCCCCUCACCCACUGUCGAAGAUCCCCGGUGGGCGAGGGGGUGGCAGGGAUCCUUCUCUUUCAGCUCUGAUAUAUAAGGAUGAGAAGAUCACUGUUAGCCAAGAUGUCCCAGUGCAUGAAGGGAAGCCUCACAUUGUCCACUUCCAGUACAAGGUCACAGAGGUGAAGACCUCCUCCUGGGAUGCAGUGCUCUCAAACCAGAGCCUCUUUGUGGAAAUCCCUGAUGGACUAUUAGCUGAUGGAAGCAAAGAAGGGUUGUCAGCACUGCUGGAGUUUGCUGAAGAAAAAAUGAAAGUCAACUAUGUCUUCAUCUGCUUCAGAAAAAGCAGAGAAGAUCGAGCUCCACUCCUGAAGACAUUCAGCUUCUUGGGCUUCGAGAUCGUGCGGCCUGGCCACCCCGCUGUCCCGUCGCGGCCGGACGUGAUGUUCAUGGUGUACCCCCUGGAUCAGAGCUCUUCCUCCGAUGAAGAAUAGCUGCAGAGCGGAGCUCCAGUGGGACCCUAACAUGCUGUGGAGAGGAGAGAGGACCACCUCCUCUCCUGAGGAGAGGGAAGCAGAGCUUCUGUUGGACUGCAAGCGCAUUUCUCAUUGUUAGAUUGGGCUGUGUAUCCCCAGAGUUGACUCUCAUUGAAACAUGUUGCCUAGAGAACUAUCUAUCACACAUGUAAUCAUCACUAGGAAAAGGAAGAUGUUUAUGAACUGGCAUAGGAGCUCUUCCAAUGCACCUGCAUGGUGUGGGAGCCCCGGGGUCAGUACCACCUUCGGGACUCCUCUGAACCCCACUGGUGCCUCCUGCCCACCCAGCGUGGGCUCAGCUGGGACACAACCUGUUCAUUUCCCAUUCAAGACCUUAAAAACAGCCUGGCUUGGUGUGGGGCACAUGCAGGAGACACUCAAGUUUAUCCUUUAACACUACAUUAAACCCCCAUACAUCUCCAAUGCUGGUUUAACUGGUCUAACCUUUUUUUUUUUUCCUUUUUUUUUUUGAAACUUCUUGCUCUUCCAGCUUUUGUUUUACGCAGUCUUAACCCUGUUCCACGUUCCCAUUACACUAUCACAGCAUUCAAUAAAAGGGGCAUUCAGAUGAACU